UGGCACGCAAACACACAGCAAUCACAAAAAAGCGGACUAAUAGUGAAAAUUGUUUAGUUAUUAAAAUUUAAAAAAAAAUGCUCGUGGAGUUCCUAGUAUUGCUGGCAAUUGGAGCGGUGUUCUUCUAUCGUUGGGCCACCAAAAAUGACGAUUUCUUUGAAAAGCGCAAUAUGGCCCAUGACAAACCAUGUUUCCUAUUGGGCAGUGGCAAAGAUGUGAUAUUGAGAAGGACAAAUGUGCUUGAAAUGAUUUGUGAAGUCUAUCAGAGGCAUAAUGGCAUCGUCUAUGGUGUAUUCGAUAACCGUGAUCCGGUUAUAUUGAUACGCGAACCGGAGCUCAUCAAACGCGUGCUCAUCAAAGACCAUGAGCAUUUUUUCAAUCGUCGCAGUUUUCUGGUGGGCUCUCCUGAAAAUAUGAUAGCCAACACCAUAUUUAUGAUGGAAAACGAUAGAUGGCGUGAUAUGAGGAGUACCCUAAGUCCCGCCUUUACCGGCAGCAAAAUGAGACAAAUGUUUCAACUUAUACUGCAGUGUGUACAAGAGGCAAUGUCCUAUCUAAGGGAGCAACAUAUCAAUGCUGGAGCAGAAGGCUUUGAGUUGGAUAUGAGAGAUUUUACUACACGUCUGACCAAUGACAUCAUAGCCUCGACGGCUUUCGGUUUACAAAUCAAUUCGUAUCGUGAUAGGGAUAAUGAGUUCUAUGACAAGGCUCGUAAGGCUAUCAAUUUUUCGACACUGCAACAGAUGAAAAUAAUGUUCAUUAUGCUGAUGCCGAAGGUGGCAGAGUUCUUUAAAAUCGAGUUUUUCGAGCGUUCCUACACCGACUAUUUUAUGCGUUUGGUUUUGGAUGCCAUGAAAUAUCGCCAGGAGCACAACAUACAUCGUCCCGAUAUGAUAAAUCUUUUAAUGGAGGCCAGAGGCAUGAUACCUUCCGAAGCGCCUAAAACACAUUUUCGCCAGUGGUCUGAUAUUGAGGUGGUCGCCCAGUGCUUCAUAUUUUUUGCUGCAGGUUUUGAUACCUCUUCGUCGGUCAUGAAUUUUGCUGCCCAUGAAUUAAUGGAAAAUCCCCAUAUACAACAAAGACUCUAUGAAGAAAUCUCUAAGGAAGAUGAAGAGUUGGAGGGGAAAUCCAUAAGCUAUGAAGCAUUGCAGAGAAUGCCUUACCUGGACAUGGUGGUCUCCGAAGUAUUGAGAAAAUGGCCUGUUGCCUUGGCCGUAGAUCGUGUGUGUAACAAGGACUAUGAAUAUGAGUCUCAGGCAACAGGAGAACGCAUUGAAAUCAAAAAAGGCGAUAUGAUACGUGUUGCCAUGGCUGGCAUACAAAGAGAUGCCAAAUAUUAUGAAAAUCCUGAAGAGUUCAAUCCAGAACGCUUUAGCGCUGAGAACAAAUCACAAAUUGAUGCUGGCAUUUAUAUGCCAUUUGGACUGGGUCCCAGAAAUUGUAUAGGAAAUCGUUUUGCCCUGCUGGAGAUUAAGGCAUAUCUUUAUUAUCUAUUGCGCGAUUAUCGCUUAGAUGCUUCUCCAAAAACCUGCACACCCUUGGAACUGGAUAAGACCACAAUACAGCUGCGUCCUAAGAAUGGUUUCUGGUUGCAACUUAAACCCAGAUUUGUCUAACUAUUUUGUUUUAGUUUGCAGAAAUCUAUCAAGAAAUUCAUAUUACAAAGCUACUCAAGCUACUAAUGCUAUUAAAUGUUUAAAAUCGCUUCUACUUAUUAA